AUGUCCGUCCGCUUCGUCGCCACCGAGAUCCUGAGCAGCGCCGACGGCCUGUCGCACGGCGAGACCCAGGUCCUCGAGACCGACGAGGUGCGCGCGGCGCGCGCGGCCGGCGGCGGCGGCGGCAAGACGCUCUACGAGCAGCUCGAGGCCGAGCGGGAGAAGCAGCAGGAGGCCUACGACGCGAACACGAAGGCGCUGUUCAGCCCGGGCGAGGUCCUCGACGCCGAGGACGUCGCGUUCUACGAGGCGGAGCAGCGCCGCGCGGCCGCCGCGCGCGCCGCGCGCGCCGAGGACGAGGCCUCGGAGUUCGCCGCCGCGCGCGCGGCGGCCGCGCCGGCGGCGGCGCCGCCCGUCGUCCGCGCGGCGCCGGCGCCGGCGCCGGCGCGCGCCGCCGACCCGCCGCCGGCCGUGCGCAUCCGGCGCCGGCCCGCCGCGGCGCCGGCGCCGGCGCCGAAGCGUCCGCGCGUCGAGGGCGGCGGCCUCGGGGGCCUCGUCGCGUACUCGUCCUCCUCGGAGGACGACGAUGACUCGUAA